CACAUUGACAGCGGGCAGUUGGUCUAGAUUUUUAACUGAAAUACCCCAGGAGGUGGAUACCCCUCACUUUUACACCCUGGUCUUUAACGCUAGUUUUAAUUUAACUUAUUUUUACUGGUAUUGAAAGCACUUGUUUUUUUGCUAAAUAUGUAGGUACGUGUGGCUGAGUUUUUACCAGUUUACAAUCAGGGCGCGUGGCUAACUCCAGAGAAAAACCGUUAAACGUGUACUAACGUGUCUUGGACAGUCCUAAGAAUAGUCUUAUUUUUUAAAGCAAGGCUGAACUGACAGCUUGCUGUUAUUCUGAGCGUUUUAUGAGGUUGUGAAGCACUAUGGCAGAGCGGACUCCUCUCCUGAACUACCGCCUCUCCACCAGCGUCAAUGAAUCCGACCGGCGGUUACCCCCAGCCGGCCAGGCUCCGGAACAGCGCCCGGGAGCCCCCAGGCAGAGGUCGAACCAACAGCGACAACCAAAGAAACUGUCCAUCUUCUUCGGUGUUGUUAUCCCCACCUUACUGUCAAUGUUCAGCGUGGUUGUGUUUCUCAGAAUAGGCUUUGUGGUUGGCCAGUCUGGACUCUACCAAGCCAUCGCCAUGUUUCUGGUGGCUUACUUUAUCAUCUCUAUGACUGUGCUGUCCGUCUGUGCCAUUUCAACCAAUGGAGCCCUUGAUGCUGGAGGAGCAUACUACAUGAUAAGCCGAGCACUGGGCCCCGAGUUUGGUGGAAGUAUUGGCAUCAUGUUCUUCUUGGCUAAUGUCUGCGGCUGUGCUCUGUAUGUCUUGGGUUUGGUUGAAGCCAUUGUAGCCACCUACGGAGUACCAGAAGAUGGACUGCCAACUUCCCAGUAUCAGGUCCUGCCAUCGGGCUACUGGUGGUCUCUGCUAUAUGGCACAGCUAUCGCCCUGCUGUGUCUCCUAGUGUGCCUUGUGGGGGCCCACAUCUACGCCAAGGCCACCUUCCUCAUCUUCCUGGUUGUCAUGUUUGUCCUGGGCACCAUCUUUGUCAGCUUCUUUGCCGUACAACCUCGAACUGUUACCCUACCCAGUUCUAACAUAUUUAAUGGAACAGAGUUUCCCACAACAGCAAACUUUACAGGCUUUAAGUUGGACACCUUGCUCGGGAACCUGCAUGCUGACUAUGUCUUGGACUACACAACAGGAAAUAUGAUGACCUUUGCUACUGUUUUUGCUGUAAUGUUUAAUGGCUGCACUGGCAUCAUGGCUGGAUCUAACAUGUCAGGGGAACUGAAGAAUCCCAGCUACUCCAUCCCCCGUGGCACCAUCACAGCUGUCAUCUUCACCUUCAUCAUCUACAAUCUUCUCAGCCUUCUAGUGGCCUGCUCCUGUGACCGCAUCCUACUUCAGAGGGACAACAGUUUCCUCAGAGACAUCAACAUCUGGAACCCCUUCGUCACCAUCGGGGUUUAUUCCUCGACUCUUUCAGCAGCUAUGAGUAACCUCAUUGGAGGCUCACGCAUCCUCUACGCGCUGGCCAAGGACGACUUGUUUGGUAAGGUGCUAUCUCCUGCUAAGAAGACGUCCCACAGUGGUAACCCCUGGGUUUCAGUGCUCAUCUCCUGGUUCCUUGUGCAACUGGUGCUCUUCUCUGGGAAACUCAACACCAUCGCCAGUAUUGUGACCAUUUUCUUCCUACUGGUGUACGCGGCUGUGGACUUGGCAUGCCUGGCUCUGGAGUGGGCAUCUGCACCUAAUUUCAGACCUACCUUCCGUUACUUCACCUGGCACACAUGUGUGUUGGGCAUCGUGGGCUGUGCCGUCAUGAUGUUUCUGAUCAACGCCAUCUACGCCUCGGCCAGCAUCGCCUUCAUGCUGCUGCUGCUUCUAGUGAUUCACUACCUCAGUCCCACCUCCAGCUGGGGCUACAUCAGCCAGGCUCUCAUUUUCCACCAGGUGCGCAAAUACCUGCUCAUGCUGGACGUGAGAAAGGACCAUGUGAAGUUCUGGAGGCCUCAGGUCCUGCUGAUGGUUUCCAAUCCUCGCAGCAGCGUGGGCCUCAUCACCUUCAUCAAUGACAUCAAGAAGAGCGGCCUGUACGUGCUGGGACAUGUCCAGCUUGGAGAUCUCAGCACUCUACCAUCGGACCCUCUACAGUCUCAGUACGACUCCUGGUUAUCUCUGGUGGACCAUCUCAACAUCAAAGCUUUCGUCAACCUGACAUUGUCCGACUCUGUGCGUCAUGGAGUCCAGCAUCUCCUCUUCAUCUCUGGGCUAGGUGGGAUGCGUCCGAACACCCUUGUCCUUGGUUUCUAUGAUGACUGUCUGCCAAAGGACAAGCUGAUUGAUCCAACACUCAGUACCAGUAAUUGCCCUAAUUCCUCUGACCCCAUUGAGGAGCAAGAGAAAGAACCCCCUCUUUUCCACUUCCCCUCCCUACGGGGGUCAGGCGACAGACAGGAUUAUGGGGAUUUUGGGGAUAGGAAGGCACUAGGAUCCCAGGAGUAUGUGUCGAUCAUCGCUGACGCCAUGAAGAUGUUAAAGAAUGUGGUACUUGCCCGAUACUUCAACAACUUUGACAGAGCCCAGGCCCUGUCUCCACCAUCCCAAAAGAGGGUGUACGUUGACGUCUGGCCAGUCAAUCUUUUACGUCCAGACAGUUGCAGCUAUGUCGACACGUGCUCAUUGUUCUUGCUACAGCUAGCAUGCAUCCUCAACAUGGUGAGAGCCUGGCGCAAGGCUCGCCUUCGUCUGUUCCUUUGUGUGGAGGAAGGAAGAAGUGUGAGAGGCUCUGAGGCAAAACUGGGCCAGCUGUUAAAAGAGCUGAGGAUUAAGGCUCAGAUCUACCCCGUGCCCUGGGACCAUCAGGUGGCGCUGCACUGGCAGCGACAAGGAGGGUGGGAAAGAAAUUCCCAAUCUCCUGACAGAAAUGAACAGAACAAGCUGGGAGCUGUGAAGGAAGAGGACAAUGAAGAGGAUUACGUGAACAACUUCCCAAGCAAUGCCACACGUCUGUCAGAUGACUACCUGUCAGCUGUCAACAAGCUGAUCCGGGAGGCUGCCAAGCCCACCCCUGCCGUGCGUUUUCUGUACCUUCCCCGCCCCCCAGCUGACACCCGCCGCUACAACACCUAUUUGCACCAGCUGGAGCUGCUGACUCAGGACCUUGGCCCCACCCUCCUCAUCCAUGGUGUCACACCAGUCAUCACAACCGACCUUUAAACCAUUCCUUUCCUUUAGAAGCUGAGAGUCAUUUUCAGUGUACCAGCUGCGGAUUUCCUCUGAAAGAGUACAGAUCACUCUUGGUGCAGAAUCACUGCAGACCUCAGCAGUGGUUCAUGAUCAACAUCUCCACCCAGAACGCAACUGAGGAGCAUUAAAUAGCUCUUUAAGUUUGACUUAGACUCAGCAACUACUGCUGACUGAAUGAUACCAUCUGCACUGCCUCAAACAAUGUAGAACAAUACAUAGAGAAAAGGCCUAUUUUAGAAUAUUUAAAACAUUUUAAUGUCUUACCACUUGAGGAUCACAAAAGUCUACUUUGUUGUCCUUUCUUUGUGUUGCAUUUAAAUCUAGUAGUUCUGGUAUUUCAAUCAAGGUUUGAAGGAACCCUGAGGUUUAUUAUUAGGUCAGUUAUCCAGUCAUUUUAGCCACAAAACAAUCAAACUGUGGCUGAAUGUACCAAAGUUUAAUCUACAGUUUUUCAGACAAAACAUUAAACCUUCAAAGUAGGGAUGGAGGUCAAAAGCUGGGUACAUAAACACCCAGUUCAAAACAGAAAAUGAAUGAUGUCUAGCUUAUCAAUACUGCUAUCAAGUCUUGUGAGUUCUUUCACGUAACACUGUUUUAUCCUAUCACUGGUGCAAAAACAUACAGUUCUGUGCAGAAGUUUUAGGCGUAUUUGGGCCAAAAUUUGAGACUGUGAUAAGGUGUAGAUCUGGCAGGUAAGCUGCCUGUAGGCACCAGCAGGCAAGCAGGAAGGAUUAUGGAUGUUCUUGUGUAUUACCAGGGGGCAUUAGAAAAAAUUCAGUAUAAAAAAUAAUUAAGUCCACACCUUUAGGGUG